AUGGACCCAUCCACUUAUACGGAUCCCCAGCUGACAUAUCAGGACAAGCUGGUGAUCGAUGCUAUUGUUGAUCCUAGUCCCAGUGCAAAUGGUAAUUCCCUUUCUGGUGGAUCGUGGACGUACCCUGACAAGAAUGCAGGCACAAGCGCCAAGCCCUUGGGAGACAAACCCAAGCUGAGCGCAGAGGAAACAGUCCAGUUACUGCACAACCUCAAUGAUCCAACGCAUGUCGAAUUCGAUCCCACCAUCUCCCAGUUCUGGGAUACUCCACUGCUGCGGGCUAAGCUACCCGCCUCCUUCCAGAAAUGUGUGCUGACGCCGUACAUCAACUGGGCCAAAGGGAUUGUGCGCUUCCAGACAGAUGUAGUGAUGGUCACACAUUUGAUUCUGUAUUUCACCACAAUCGUCCCCAGUGGCGCGUUACUGUAUUACCGUUUCUCUUAUCUGCACGGUGUCCUGCAUUGGCUCAUGCAAUUAUUCUAUUGCGGUGCUUUUACCCUGAUGAAGCACCAGCACAUCCACAUGAACGGAGUGCUCACCCCAAAACUUUGGCUCAUCGAUACCCUGUUCCCCUACCUCCUGGACCCGAUGCACGGGCACACCUGGAACUCUUACUUCUACCACCACAUCAAGCACCACCAUGUGGAGGGCAAUGGCGGGGACGACCUCAGCACGACCAUGUACUAUGACCGCGACAGUGUCCCAGACUUCCUUUGCUACGUCGGUCGCUUCGUGUUCUUCAUUUGGUUCGAGCUUCCGUUGUACUUCUUCAGGAAAGGACAGUACAAAUACGCUGCCAAGUGUGCCUUUUGGGAGAUCGGUAACUAUGUCGCCUUGUACAUGAUGUACAAUUAUGUUAAUGCCCGUGCCACAACCUUUGUCUUCAUCCUCCCCCUCACCGUCAUGCGCUUGGGAUUGAUGGUCGGCAACUGGGGACAGCAUGCCUUCGUGGACCCGGCCGACCCAGACUCGGACUACCUGUCCAGUAUCACCCUGAUUGAUGUCCCGAGUAAUCGAUUCUCUUUCAACGACGGUUACCACACCUCUCACCAUCUCAACCCCCGCCGUCACUGGAGAGAUCACCCCGUUGCCUUCCUCAAGCAGAAGGACCGCUAUGCGAAGGAAGAUGCCCUCGUAUUCCGAAAUGUCGACUAUAUCUUCAUCACCGUCAAUCUUCUUCGGAAGAAUUACGAGCAUUUGGCCAAGUGUUUGAUUCCCAUCGGCGACCAGGUCAAUUGGACUAUGGAGGAACGAGUGGAGAUGCUUCGUCGUCGGACUCGGAAGUUCCCCAAGCCUUCCAAGAAAACCGUCUGA